AUGGCGGAGAACCCUUACAAUGCUUCGGACCUGAAUUCAGUCCUCUACACCCUGUCCAGCUUGACUGCACCGGGUAUUACAUCUCGAAGUGCAUCUUCAAGUCAAACUGGGACUCCAGAUCCUCGUCAGGCUCGCCGGGAGCGAGUUUAUACACCGCGAGAGUCGACUCCCAGUACGCCGAGGAAACCAUCAAACACUACGGCCAUCGAUCCAUCAACUAUCACGACCUGGCCGGCAGCGCUUCGAUAUGUAAUGCGCACUGUCGGCCAGAACGAAGAGACUCAGCUUCGUAUUCGCGGGCUGAUCCGCAGCCAGCAUAACCACGAACGACAGUGGUGGAAGGGCCGUGAAGCCCUGUUGGAGAGGCAGCAAGCGCGCGGAGACAAGAAGAAGGAGCUAGACGCAGUAUUACGCUCUAUCGGGGCUCCCAUCGACUCCAAAGCAACAUCAGAUGAAAAUUCAGAGCAGGCCGAGCUUGAAGAUUACGACAGAAAAGUAUACAUGGCCUCUGCUAAAAUGGCCGAUGCGCUCAUGGCAGAGCUGCGCGGGAUGAAGAUCCCCUUCUUUGUGCUCCAAAAGGGCCUCGGCUCAGAGCAAGGUACAUCGGAAAAGGUGUUACCAAAUUUUGGCGUAGAUGGAUCCGACGAUGUGAGUCCGUCGGGGUUGAAACAAUCCGACCUUGCCGAUCUACAGCGACGCAUGCUCGGACUGCUGGAGGAUCUUUGCAAAGAAUGA